UAGUUAGUGAGAUGGUUUUGGAUUUUUGGCAGCAAAGAAAGUGAGACAGAUAACGCAGGAAUCAUAAUGUGGUUUUCUUUUAUUUUUCUUCGGUUUCCUUGUAACCAAACGUGCGGCUCGGGUUUUACUUAGAGUGCUUUAUAACUUGGAAAUGCUAUUGCUGGAAGUUUUGAAUUCUGGGAUUUCUCUGUGAAGAGUUGUGGAGCUAUUUUUGGGUGCAGAUAGGGCUAGUUUUUCAUGGAGAGCUCAGAUGAUGAAAAGGAUGGUGUCCUUGAGGGUUACAUACCAAAAGAGCUGAGCUAUGGUUUAGCUGCUAAUGGUACAAAAUUUGUAGAUGAAGUACUUAAUGGUCAAAAUGAGAGUUGUUUGGAGAAUUUCCGUAUGGAUAAGCAUGUCUUUUAUAAGUUGUGUGACAUCCUCCAAGCCAAGGGCCUUCUCCGCCAUACAAAUCGAAUCAAGAUUGAGGAGCAACUAGCAAUCUUCAUGUUUAUAAUUGGCCACAAUUUACGAACUCGAGCUGUUCAAGAGCUAUUCCGGUAUUCAGGGGAAACCAUUAGUCGCCACUUCAACAAUGUCCUGAAUGCAAUUAUGGCAAUUUCAUUAGACUUCUUUGAGCCUCCAGUUUUGGAUAUUCCUCCAGAAAUUCUAGAGGAUGGCAGAUUCUAUCCCUAUUUUCAGGAUUGUGUGGGAGCGGUUGAUGGUAUACAUAUUCCAGUGAUGGUGGGUGUAGACGAGCAGGGACCUUUCCGUAAUAAGAGUGGAUUUCUUUCACAAAAUGUUCUGGCAGCCUGCUCACUGGAUUUGAAGUUCCAUUAUAUCCUCGCUGGCUGGGAAGGCUCAGCAGCAGAUUUGCGAGUUCUAAAUUCAGCACUCACAAGGCGCAACAAACUGCAGAUCCCUGAAGGUAAGUACUACCUUGUGGACACCAAGUAUGCAAACAUGCCAGGAUUCAUUGCCCCAUAUCCUGGUGUCCCAUAUCACCUGAAUGAAUCCUCUGCUGGUUUUCAUCCACAAGAUGCCAAAGAGCUGUUCAAUUAUCGACACUUCCUCCUGCGAAGUGCAACAGAUCGCAUCUUUGGAGCCCUGAAGGCUCGCUUCCCUAUUCUGAUGUCGGCUCCUCCAUACCCAUUACAGACACAGGUGAAGCUGGUUGUAGCGGCCUGUGCCAUACACAAUUACAUCCGGAGGGAGAAGCCUGAUGACUGGCUGUUCAAGAUAUAUGAACAGGAGACUGGGAUACAAAUGGAGGAAUCAUUCCCGGCACCAGAGAUGGAACAGCCGGUUGUGCAUGUUGAGCCUCCUCCCCUGGAGAUGGCCUUCGAUGCAGACCAACUGGAAGUUACUUCCCGGUUGCGGGAUACCAUUGCAGCAGAGAUGUGGGAUGACUAUAUCCGUGAUUUUGGUGUGUAGUUAGUCUGCAGUUUCCAGGUGAGUUUGACAUUUUUUUUUUCGGUUUUCUUUUCCAAAGAGUAGCCAUGAUAUGGGAGUUUUGAUUUUGGGGACUGGACUUGGAACUUGUUUAUAGAAAUGAAAAUGAAAUAUAGUAAUGAAAAUGUAGGACUCCUUUCAUGUAGAUAUUAUCCGUUUUGUUCAAAAUAAAUGUAGAUGGUUUUUAGGGCCUCUAAAACUCUGCAUU